GUGGGAGUGGGCAGAAAAAAUACUGGCUGUGUUAUCAAGAAGUCACACCGUCAAAGUCUGUGCGAAUUAUUGGAGACGCACACUGAACCAUCAAAGGAAGACACUUGGACACGUAGAAGAGCGAAAUCUGUCAAAUUGAGAGGAACUGGCAGUAUGUCUUUACGGAUAGUUCUUUGUAGAUUUAAUAAACGAUUUGAAGUCAAAACAUAUUGAAAUCAAUAGAAAAUAAACACGAAAAGGAAUUCGAUUUUUCUGGAGUAAAUAUCAUUACAGGUUUGUAGCCUAAAUUACCUGGAUUCUUCUGUCUGCUUUUGACGAGAAAGAGGAGCAGCGCGUAUUCACAUCUCCAUCAUCCCUGUCAGCAGAAGUGCCAUGGUGGCCCCCACCACCAGCGUUCCUAAAGGCUGUGACCCCUCUGUGGGCUCCCUGUACUUCAACCUGUGUGAUCUGACUGCAGUGUGGGGCAUCGUGGUGGAGUCACUGGCGGCUGCAGGCGUGGUGACGGCCUUCAUCCUCAUCAUCAUCCUCAUAGCCAGCCUUCCCUUUGUGACAGACAGGAAGAGGAAAGGUAUGGUGGCCCUGCAGGCCAGCUUUCUGGUCUUCACCCUGGGCCUCUUUGGCCUCACUUUUGCCUUUAUCGUGGGCCGGGACUUCACCAGCUGCGCCGCGCGCCGCUUCCUGUUUGGUGUGCUGUUUGCUGGUGGUCUGGCCUGCCUCCUGAUGCACGGGCUGUGGCUGGUGCUGCUGGACCGGCGGGGCCGAGGCCCGCAGGGCUGGAUGCUGUGUCUGGGGGCCCUGGCCUUCUGGCUGGUCGAGAUUAUCAUCAAUACAGAGUGGCUGAUCAUCACGGUGGAGAGGAGGCCAAUGACGGCCAGCGGCAGCCCUGACAUCUCCUGCAGCAUCACCAACCAGGACUUUGUGAUGGCUCUGAUCUAUGUCAUGGCCCUGCUGCUGGCUGUGGUGCUGAUGGCCGUGCCCUCGCUCACACACAAACACAAGGCCUGGCGGCGGGACGGUGCCUUCAUCCUGGCCACCGGGGUCUGCUCCAUGGCCGUGUGGGUGGCCUGGAUCGUCAUGUACAUCCAUGGGAACCAGGUGGCCGGGGACCCCAGCUGGGACGACCCCACCCUGGCCAUCGCCCUGGUCAGCAAUGCCUGGGUGUUCCUGGUCCUCUACACCAUCCCAGAGAUCUGCUCCCUCACCAAGCAGGAGGACGGGGAGGAGCAGCCCAGCGACGGGGAACACAUUAUCUACCCGAUCAGGAGCUUGGUCUAUGAUAACAAUCUGAAGGAGCAGAACACUGCAGCAGCAGCAGCCCAUCAGAACGUAUACAUGGAGAAUAGGGCCUUCUCCAUGGACGAACCCAACACAGCCAACAAGCCUGUAUCUCCAUACGGUGGUUAUAGCGGUCAGCUCCGCAGCUGUGUGUACCAGCCCACAGAACUAGCUCUAAUCACCAAGAGCCUGGCAAAUAGGGACCAGUCCCAUGAGACAGGCCUCCCCAGGGCCACGGCCUCCCCUCUAAACCAGAGCAGCAGCUCCCUGCCUCACUCGCUAGCGCCUCUACCCACCACAGGAUUGUCCCCAGCAGUCAGUGGAAAUGGUGUGCAUAAGAAGCCUCUGUGGUGAAUCUACGCUAUGCUACUACGACCUGAUUCCUGUUCGUCACCCUCCCUCUCUUCUACUCUGUGCCCCAGUUUCCCCUGCGGCCCCUGGGUGUGUCUGUCAGGGCUGGACCCUGAGAAGACCCAGAGCCUUUGACCACUGUAGAGGCCAGGCUGUUCUGUACAUACAGUAGGGCUGGAGGGAGCCAGUGUCAGAGAGAGAGGCCACAGUCUUGGUGCUGUGCACCCAGAACAAGUGUGUCUCUCAUCUCCCUGUGUCUCACCCAGUCCCAGUGUGUCCCAGUGGCAGUACUAGCCACCCUCCACCUACCCAUCUCCCAAGCCAGCACUCCCCACCCCCGGGCCCCAACGCCAUGCACUGAUGGGAGAUCCAACGAACACAGCAACGUACAACCAGACUGAAGGGACAAUGAGGCAGUUUCAAGAGGAAUUUGUUGCACAGCCUUAAAAACCCAUUACAGUCCAAGCCCUGUAAAAAAUCUAAAGGAAGUUUGUUCUGAAGUGUCUGUCCUAUAUACAGUGA